GUCACCCUCCUCGUCACCGCGCCGCGGGGCUCCGCCGCAGCCGGCCUUCCUCCCGCCUCCGCCUGCUCCUCGCCGCGCAGCCAUGGCGUGGCAGCCCAUGGAGAUCAACCCCGAGAUGCUGAACAAAGUGCUGUCCCGCCUGGGCGUGCGGCCCGGCUGGCGCUUCGUGGACGUGCUGGGCUUCGAGGAGGAGGCGCUGGGCGCCGUGCCCGCGCCCGCCCGCGCGCUGCUCCUGCUCUUCCCGCUCACGGCGCAGCAUGAGAACUUCAGGAAACAACAGACUGAGGAAAUAAAGGACCAAGAAAUCAGUUCCAAGGUGUAUUUUCUGAAGCAGACUGUUAGUAACUCCUGUGGGACAAUUGGUCUGAUACAUGCGGUUGCUAAUAACAAAGACCAAGUGAAGCUUGAUGAGGGGUCUGCCCUGAAGAAGUUUCUUGAUGAAACAGCUGACUUGUCUCCUGAAGAGAGAGCGAAGCGUUUUGCAAGUAAUAAGGCUAUACAAGAAGUCCACAAUUCUGUUGCACAAGAAGGACAGUGUCGGGUUGAUGACAACAGUGUGAACUUCCACUUCAUCCUGUUUGUCAAUGUGGAUGGACACCUGUAUGAACUGGAUGGGCGUAUGCCRUUCCCUGUGAACCAUGGCACAAGUUCAGAUGACUUACUAUUGAAGGAUUCUGCUAAGAUAUGCAGACAGUUUACAGAACGUGAAAAAGGAGAAGUUCGUUUUUCUGCUGUGGCUUUCUGCAAGUCUGCCUGAGAAGCUGAAGAGGCUCAAGGAAAGCAGUCUAAUAGCACACCAGUAAAUGCAGUCUAAUCUUCAGUGCUUCAGUACUUGUUAAACACAGCUGUUAAAGUAAUUUGAAUUGUUUCCACCAUUUGCUAUACACAGAAGCAGCAUCAGUUGAGCUUGUGCUAAAGGAUGAGCUCAAGUUUUAAUGUGAACAGUUCAGACACGUCAGAUGUCUUUAGACUUCUGAUUUUGUUUUUUUCACGUGUUAAGUAGAAAAUGCUUAACAGGGCUUGUUAAAUCUGUGUCUGUUAAUUGAGCUGUUGGUUGGUAUUUCC